CAUGGCGGCGGAUGAGUCACGCCUGAAGUGUUACAAAAACGACCUUAAAACAUCCGUGCUUUAUUCGUAUUUAGCAGAAACUGAGCGGAAAUGGAAACCUGUUGGUCUAACCUUUGUAGAAUACCCCGAAGGUGAUUUAACUGGAAAGGUUUUGGCCUGGUUAAGUUUAUCCCCAAUCUUCAUUUUAGUUGGUUUUAUUGCUGUAAUCAUCUUUCGACGUGAACUUCAUACGAUAGCAUUCUUUCUUGGGUGUGUCCUGAAUGAAGGACUAAGUGUAACAAUCAAAAACGUUGUUAAGGAACCACGCCCAUGUAGAUGUCCUGGAACUCAUUAUUCUGAACAUGGAAUGCCAUCAAGUCAUGCUGCCUUUGUUGCAUUUUUCACAACAUACACACUUCUUUUUGUUUAUGUUAGACUUCCUUCACCAUCAAGUGACUUUAUUGAUAAUCUAUGGAGACAUUUAACAUCACUUGGGCUACUUUGUCUUACUGCUUCAGUGUCAUUUGGAAGGAUAUAUUUACAUUACCACACACUUCAUCAAGUACUUGGGGGACUGGCACUAGGACUUUGUUUUGGAAGUGUUUGGUUUUCAAUAGUUCAUAAUUUACUUACACAGUUAUUUCCUGUCAUCACCUCAUGGAAAAUGUCUGAGUAUUUCUUGAUCCGUGAUUCAACGAGGAUACCAAGUAUAUUGUGGUUUGAGUAUACGAGGGCGAGGGAAGAAGUCAGGAAACGUCAAAGAAGGAAGUCCUCAUAAGGAGAUGUCUGUAUUCGCUGGUCGACACAAUAAUCCUUGAGGGCAAUCUACAGUUACUGUGCCACUUUUAUUUCACCAACUGUCACUUAUCUAUCCAUUCUGAUUGCUUUUGUAUAAUAUAUAGGCCCGCUAAUCUUCAUAAAUAUUCGACUCUAUCCACUAUUUAAAUAGUUUUCAGUAAAGCAAAGGAUGACCGUUGCAUUAAAAUGAAUAUUACUGGAACGCUACCCUAGUAAGCCAAAUUCUACGAGACACGUGUUUCACACUCGUGACAGCGUGUGUGUAUAUCAUGUGUUCUCAUUGUAGCUGGGAACCGGGUGGGAGGUAGCUGUGCAAUAUUUCAUUUCAAUGGUCCAUCGUCAAUCGUCAAUCUCAUUGGUGCAUGAAAUUUUCUUUUUUCUGACCCUAAAGCCCGUUUUCCACUGGGCGAAUUUAUCCGCGCGAACAGAUAAAAA